GGCAGAGAGCGAGAGUCAGUGAGGCAGAGACGAGCAAGGAGAGAGGAUCGUGUCCCGUGUGUUCCGUGCCACUCUUACCCGCAGAACUUUGGCAAAAUAUACUUCGAGCUGUCAGCGGUUUACAGAGAGACCCAAAUAAAAAAAAAGAAAAAGAGAGAGAGAGAAAAAAAAAGGAAAAAGAAAAGGAAAACAUACACACCGGAAAGAAAAGUAAGAGAGAAAAAGAAAGGAAAAUAAAGAAAAUAAGGAAAAUAGUUUGAAAUUUACGGAAAACAAUGCUAGGUUCUAAGUAACUACUAUUACUACUAUUACUACUAUUACAUUGUGAAAUAAAAUAAAAACGAACGAAAAGUGAAGAAAAGUGACAAAUACCAUUUUUAUCGAAACAGAACGAAAAAAAAGGAGCAGAUGUGAUCAAAAUUCGUGGAAAAAAAAAAAUACCCUGAUACUUUGGUGAAACAUUCUGGGAAGAGUGACGAAAACUAAUGAAAAAAAGUGUAAACAAAAGCGACACGAGUGAAAAAAAGUGAACAACGAGGACUGGGAAAGCACGAAUGAACGAAACGAAAACAACACGAAAUAAAAUAAAAAAAUAAAAAGAAAAGAAAAAAAUACAUAGAGAGAAAAAUAGAUAAACAGUAAUAAUAAUAAUAAUAAUAAUAAUAACUCGCAUUAGAGAAAGAGAAAGAGAGAGAGAAAAAAACUCGUUCUAUACACACGAAAUAAAAAUAAGGUUCUGGGUUUUAAAAAGAGGGGAGCUCUGAACGAAAAGAAGAGAGACUCAAUAGGAGGAAUCAAAAACUAUAUUCACUAACGAAAAAAAAAAAAAAAAAAAAAAAUAGAUGCUCAAUGGCCGUCCUUCCAAUAGUGAAUUGAAAUAGAAAUAGAAAAAAGGCAGAAAGGAAUACAAAAAAAAAAAAAAAGUAGAAGGAAAUGAACUCAAAAAAUGAAUAAAGGAGGAAGCACAGAGCGAGAAAAUUAAUGAGGAUGUGAAGAUAUUGCUGAAAACGAAAAAAAAAAAAAAAAAAAAAAAAAUAGAACUCCACACAACUGAUGAACUUAGAAACAGAAAAGAAAAGAAUAGAAAAAAAAAAAGGUGAAAGAAAAGGUCAAGAAAACUGUGGCGGUUAAUUUAGCUUUCAUCUUUAGCCAGAAGAAAAAUAGGAAGAAGAAAGCGUGAUACGAUAAACCAAGGAAUAAAAGAAAAAAACGGAAUAAAACAAUGAAACUCAGAAAAUAGGAAGAAGAAAGUCAUAAGAUAGAAAAAAAAAAAAUGUUAGAAAUGUAAUAAAAAAAUGAAAAUCAGAAAAUAGAACAAGAAAAUAAUAAUAAACGAAGAAAUAAAAGAAAGAACGUGAUAAAACAGUGAAAGUCAGGAAAUAAAGAAGAGGAGAGUCAUAAGAUAAACAAAGAAAAUAAACAAAACCGUGAUAAAUCAGUAAAAACCAGACAAAAAGUGAACAAGGAAGAGAAAAAAAAAAAAACUGAAAACAAGACAAGUGAUAAAGAGAAAACGAAAAUAAACCAAUAAAAAAAGUAAAAUAAAUAAAGAAAGAAAGAAAAAUAGAGUAGAAAAACAAUAAGAGUGAAAUGAAAGUAAAUAAAUAGAUAAAAAAAAGAAAGAAAAUGAACAAGUGAGGAGAAGAAGGCAAUAUACGAUGAUCUGAGUGAUUAGUGAGGCAAAGAAAACAAGAUGUCACACCAAGACACACCCCACUACCUGCUGUCCUUCACCUGCCUACUGCUGCUGCUGCUCAACCCUCUCCUGCUCAUGCCCUGCCCAGCUGCUGCAAGGGCGAGGCACCAAGACGACCUAUACCAUCGCGGGAUGUCACCAGCCCAGUCGUCACACACGCACUACGACUCCAGAGCUUACCUGGCUAGAGUCACGCAAUCAGGCAAGGUGGACGUGACAAAUGCUUCCUCCUUCACCUACGACAGCCUAGGACGCGGGCCAUACCUACUAGGACUCCCUCCGCAGGAUUACAAGGACCUUCGCUUCAAACAACAGCCACACAGGACCUGGACAGCACGACCCAGGCCAGAUUACGAUGACGAUACGACCACAAGAGAUCCUGCGAUACCAGAAAAUCCUGAAGGACUUAAGGAUCCCUCUCUUCUUGUGGGGCCCUGGGAGGAGAAGCCCACUGUCAGGGUCACCAAUGCUGUGUUCAAGGGCGUGAACGGCAGCCUGGUGGGGGCGCAGGCUGGGACAGUGGCCAACCUCCCCUGUGUGAUCCAAAACAGGGCUGACCACGAGACGGUGUCAUGGAUCCGCCUGCGUGACCACCACCUCAUCACAGUGGGCAGACAAACCUACAGUCAAGACGAUCGAUUCUCAGUCACCUACAACAGACACCUCAAUCAAUGGACUCUACACCUGCGGUACGUCCAGGCCAGAGAUGCAGGAGAGUACAUGUGUCAACUGUCCACCCACCCACCCAUGACCUUCAUCUCAACACUCACCAUUACACAGGCAUCGGCUGAGAUCGCAGGAGGGCCAGAGAGAUACGUACAGGAAGGCAGCGCUGUGAUCUUAAACUGCACCCUUCGCCAGCACACACAGGCUCCGGAAUACGUGUUUUGGUACCACAACAGAACCAUGAUUAACUUUGACACCAAUAGACAGGUAUCAGUGAGGAAAACAAAGGAUGGAAGCAUUCUCACCCUGGCGACAGUGGGCAGGACCGACUCAGGAAACUAUACGUGUCAUCCUGCCAAUGCUCGCCACGCCUCCAUCACGCUCCACAUCAUAGCAGGUGAUGCCCCGGCCGCCAUGCAGGUAUCAGCAGGUAGGCGCCCCGGUCACCUGCCCCCUCUGCUGUUGGUGCCCCUUCUGCUCCUCCUACAAGCUCCACAAGGCGCCCUACGAGACACACUGGCUCUUCUCUCCAAACUAACGUGAUAAGCACACCUGUCUUUAGCACACCUGUCUCAUUAGCAGGUGUGGUGUUGCCCUGAGUGUUACCUGUAGCAUUCACACCUGUCUGUCAUUUCUGUGUGAUUUUAAGAAUGUUGUGUUUUCUGUCUAUAUGUGACUAUGAAGACAGGUGUGGACAGGUGUAGACAGGUGUGUUGUGGGUGUACCUGUUGUUAAUUAAAGGCACAGGUGAAUAAAAACAGUUAUUUAGAAAAAGAUAGAAAAAUAGAGAAAAAUGAUCUAGAAAAAGAGAAAAGGAAAAAUUUUAAUGGAAAAUGAAAAACAAAGGACAUUUUAAACAAUUCCACACCUGAUUAGCAGAGAGGACAGGUAUAGUGACCUCACCUGUGCAUUCCAAACCUACACACCUCCACACACCUGCUCCACACACCUACCACCCAUAACGGACAUCUAAAGGGAGUGAUGUGUACAUACCUGUGUUGUGGUUAAUUAGUAUUACCUGGAUGGUGGUGGUGGUGGUGGUGGUGGUGGUGGUGGUGGUGGUGGUGGUGGAAGACAGAUAAUAUGGCAUGAAAAGCGAGAGAGAAGGGAGAGGAAAGAAAAAAAAGAGAGAGAGAGAGAUAAAGAGAGACAUGAUGCAAUUGACAGAGCGAGGACAGUGAAAAAAGAGAGAGAGAGAAAACCAGGAAGUGAGAAAGUGAGAAAGUGAGAAAGUGAGAGAGUGAGCAAGGAAUGGGUAAAAAGUAAUGUGUAAGGACAGGAUAAACAAGAUACAUAGAGAGAGACAGUGAUAAAGAGAGAAAGAGAGAGAAAAGGAAAGAGA